AUGUUCCGCUUCAGCAAAACCCUCGACCCAAUUACCCUCUUCCACACCCCCUCCCUUGCCCCCUCAACCCGCGUCCUCAACAUCCUAAAACAAGCCUCAAUCGCCGCCUCCGAAACCGCAACAGAAGACCAAGCCAGCGACCACACCGCGCACGCCCGCCAACAGCGCGGCGAGUUCGAACUGGAAGUUACCACCGCGCCACCGACGACGGAUCAACUGCACAGUAUCCUUGAAUACAUCAGUCCGGUCUCUGGGAGUGCGACGGGUGGGCAGGGUGCAAAGGCGGUUUAUGGGGUUGGAGAGUUGGUUAAGGGUGCCAAGGAUGCGGAGGAUGCGAUUAAGAGGUUUAAGGAGGAUCAGGGGCGGUUUGUUAGGCCUGUGACUGUUGAUUGGGUUAAUGGUCGGGCUGUUAUUGGUGAUAACGAGUCGGAGAUUUUGAAGAUGGUUCGCCAGCUUCCUGAGAACUAA